AGGAAUAAUUAAUUGGAUCCACUCCUUUUAUAAGAUCCUUUCAAUGAAACGUAAAUGCACUUUAUUAGCAUCAAAGCUUGGUGUUUUGCUUUCUUUACUGCCCAAAACCAUAAACAUUUAUUUUUGACCUUGCGAGUUCUCCCGAACACUUCAAAAACCAUGGCUUCUUCUGCCAUGGGAGACACCGAUGGCCGUGACGAAAGGGCCAAGUACUUGGGAUUCAGUAGUAUUGCUCCUCAUCCAUAUUCUCCCACCGACUACAACGCCGGAGCAGACCACGAAACCGAAAAAGAGACAAUCAGCUUCCCAGCUGUUGGUUCUCCCAAACACUUCAAAAAAUCAAGCAGUGGUAUCACAACUACCACUACUGGCUCCAUUGAGAACUACCACAGCAUUGAAAUGACCCAAGUCUACGACAACGUCAGCGAAGACAUCGAGAAAAACGGCGUCGUUGAAAGGUCAAGGUGGGUUCUCAACGCCCCUGAACCACCGGGGCUAUUCCGUGAGGCGGCAGACUCGGUUAGGGACACCCUUGGUUCGAUGAGAAACAAGUACUGUAAAUCUCUGAAAAGCCAGAAUAGUUUCACCAAAGGCAUGCUCCUUGUUAACCGAAACAUAUUUCCUAUUCUCGUAUGGGGUCGAAACUACAGCGCAGCCAAGUUCAAGAAUGAUUUAAUGGCUGGUUUAACCAUUGCUAGCCUCUGUAUUCCCCAGAGUAUUGGGUAUGCAACUUUAGCAAGACUUGAUCCUCAAUAUGGCCUUUAUACAAGUGUUGUACCACCACUUAUCUACGCUGUAAUGGGGACUUCGAGAGACAUAGCGAUUGGACCAGUGGCUGUGGUAUCACUACUUUUACCUUCAAUGAUUCAGAAAAUAGUAGACCCCGGAACUGAUCCAAUCACUUAUAGGAACUUUGUUUUAACUGCAACUUUCUUCUGUGGUAUCUUUCAAGGAGCCUUCGGUUUCUUCAGGCUGGGAUUUCUGGUGGAUUUUCUUUCCCAUGCUGCAAUAGUGGGAUUUAUGGCUGGUGCCGCCAUCAUUAUUGGGCUUCAACAACUGAAAGGAUUACUUGGACUCACUCACUUUACCAACAAAACAGAUAUUAUCUCUGUCACUAAAGCUGUUUGGAAUUCAAUUCACCAUCCUUGGAGUCCAUAUAAUUUCAUCAUUGGUAUUUCAUUCCUGGGUUUUAUCUUUUUCACUAGAUUUCUGGGUAAAAAGAACAAGAAACUAUUUUGGUUGCCGGCUAUUGCACCAUUGUUAUCAGUUAUAUUAUCAACUUUAAUUGUAUAUGUAGCAAAAGCUGAUAAAAAUGGAGUUAAAAUUGUUAAACAUAUCAAAGGUGGCAUCAAUCCUAGCUCACUUCAUCAAUUACAGCUUCAUAGCCCCUUUGUUUGGGAAGUGGCAAAAAUCGGACUCAUUGUCGCCGUUGUCGCAUUAACAGAAGCAAUUGCAGUGGGUCGGUCUUUUGCAACAAUGAAAGGGUACCACCUUGAUGGAAACAAAGAGAUGGUGGCAAUGGGAUCCAUGAACAUAAUUGGAUCCUUAACUUCUUGUUAUGUCGCCACUGGUUCAUUUUCCCGGACUGCAGUGAAUUUCAGUGCAGGUUGUGAAACGCUGGUAUCAAACAUAGUGAUGGGCAUUACAGUUCUGAUAUCUCUUCAAUUUUUGACAAAGCUGCUGUAUUACACACCCACAGCAAUACUGGCUUCCAUAAUUCUGUCAGCUCUGCCUGGACUUAUCAACCUCAAUGCAGCCUACCAUAUUUGGAAGCUUGAUAAGCUUGACUUUCUAGCUUGUAUUGGUGCCUUUUUUGGGGUUCUCUUUGCUUCUGUUGAGAUCGGUCUUACAGUUGCGGUGACAAUAUCGUUUGUAAAGAUAAUUCUGAUAUCGAUAAGACCGGGGACGGAAACCCUAGGAAAGCUUCCGGGAACUGAUGUGUUUUGCGAUAUUCAGCAAUAUCCGAUGGCCAUUCAAAUUCCUGGAACAAUCAUUAUUCGAAUCAAGCCCGCCUUGCUUUGUUUUGCCAAUGCUAACUUCAUCAGAGAAAGGAUUAUGAACUGGAUAUCGGAGGACAUAGAAGAAAAUACCAAAAGGACUAUUUAUAAACUUCUCAUUCUUGACAUGUCUAGUUUGCUGAAUAUUGAUACAUCAGGAAUAGCUUGUCUUGAAGAUAUGCAUAGAAAUUUGAAUGCACAAGGAAUCCAGAUAGCUAUUGCCAACCCUAGAUGGCAAGUGAUUCACAAGCUAAAACUAGCUGAGUUUGUGAGUAAAAUUGAAGGAAGGAUCUUCUUGACUGUGGGAGAAGCUGUGAUGAAUUAUGCAACUGCAAAAUUUCCUGUGCGUACCACUACUUAAUUUUCCUAAUUUUAAUCCUUUUUUAAGGGGUGUCAAUCUUCUUUGUUUGUGGUCCAAAUGUACCUCUUCACUUCACUUGCAUUAACACACUUUGAAAAUAAAAUAAGAAAAGGUACUUGUAAGUGCUAUUAGAAAGAGUUUGAUUGUAAUAACAUUUAAAAAAAAUUGAUGAUGGUAUUGUAAUGUAAAAUAUCAACAAUAAUCUGGCUAUAAUAACAACAGGUUCAUUUUGCAAA